AUGGGUAAAGUUGCAAAGUCCACCAAAAAGUUUCAAGCAAAGCACUUGAAACACACCAUUGAACAAAGAAAAAAAGUUCAGGAGCAUAAUAAAAAAAUUUCUCAGAGAAAGGGAAGCAAAAAGGGAAGCAAAGGCUCUGAUGCCAAGGUAGAUAACAACCAGAAGAACGCUAAGGUUUUUGAAGAUGUUGAUAUGGAGGAAUAUUUUGACCAAGAGGAAAAACUUCCGGAGAUCAAGAAGUCUAAAACCAAGGCAAAAGAAGAGGAUAAGGAAGAUGUUUCUUCUUCCUCUGAUGAAGAAGACGCGGAGCAAGAUCUUGACAUGAACACAUUGGCAAAGGAAGAUCCAGACUUUUUCAAGUACUUGAAGGAUAAUGACAAGGAUUUAUUGGAUUUUGAUGCUGUGAACCCAUUAGAUGCAAUCAGUGAUGACGAGGGUGACGAAGAUGAAGAUGAAGAAGAAGAGGGAAAAGAGUUUGCCCGGGACGAUAAAACUGAUGCAAAGAAAGGAGACAAGAAAGGUGAAGAGCAUGCAGUUGAAGUCGACUUGAAGUUAGUCAAAAAAUGGUCCGAGGACUUGAAAUCAGAUACUCCUGGUUUCAAAACUUUGAAGAACACAGUUAUAGCAUACAAGUCUGCCCUCAAUGCAGACUCAGAAGAUGCUUUCAAGUACUCAGUUAAGGAAGAGAAAGUGUUCAAGAAUCUCAUGCUUAUCGUUUUACAAGACCUGCCUUUGGCUAUUCAGAAGUUGACUCCUUACAAAGUUUCAUCCAAUGGUAUCAGAAAUAUCUCGGGAAACAAGAAGAAGAUUGCACAAGUGUCAAGUAUCGUGAAGGCACAUAUUCCAUCCUUGAUUACUCUUCUUGAAGAUUCAUCCAAUACCGAAACCUGCGCGUUGGUUCUACAAUCUGUGCAGGAGCUAUUGCCAUACUUAAUAUCUUUCAGAAAACUUUUAAAGGCAGUUGUGAACGCUGUUGUGGAUAUUUGGAGUUCUUCAAGCUCCCUCGAAACACAAAUCUCUGCAUUUGCGUGGAUGAACAACGCAAGCAAAGAGUAUCCAAAAUCUGUGUUGGAGAUCAUUCUCAGAUCAACUUACUCCAGCUUCAUCAAAAACUGUGGUAAAACCAAUGUUCACACCACUCCUUUGUUGAACUUCCAAAAGAACUCUGCUGCUGAGUUGUUCGGCUUGAAUCCAACACUCGGGUAUCAAAUCGGAUUUGAGUACGUCAGACAAUUGGCAAUUCACCUCAGAGGUAGUGUUAAUAACCCAACUAAAGACAGCUACAAAACCAUAUACAACUGGAAGUACUGCCAUGGCCUUGAUUUUUGGUCAAGAGUAAUUUCUGUGCAAAUAACUGCCAAAGAUGGCGAAAUUAUUGACAAUCCGCUAGAAAAACUAAGCUAUCCUUUGAUCCAGGUCACCAUCGGUACCAUCAAGCUCAUUCCUACUGCGCAAUUCUUCCCAUUGAGAUUUUAUCUAAUAAGAUCGUUGAUAAGAUUAUCCCACAACACAGGAGUAUAUAUUCCUUUAUUCCCUCUAUUGAGUGAGAUUCUACAUGCUAGUAUGUUCUCUAGAAAUCCAAAGCGUGAGAAUUUACCUGCUGUCGAUUUUGAGAAUGUCAUCAAAGUUAACAAGGCCUAUUUGAACACACGUGUUUACCUUGAGGGUGUCUGUGAAGAAUUAAUUGAACUCAUUGGAGAAUUUUUUGUACUAUACUGCAAGUCCGUCGCAUUCCCGGAAUUGACUACACCACCACUUAUUUUCAUGAGAAGAUUAGCAAAGAAGAAUAACACCGCCAAAAACAACGCUAAAUUUAGCAGACAGUUGUCCACGCUCAUCGACAAAUUAGCUGCUAACAGCAAAUAUAUCGAAAAGCAAAGGAGCCAAAUCGAGUAUGGGCCAAAAAAUAGAGCUGCAGUUAACAAGUUUUUGCAGGACCUUGAUUGGACUAAGACUCCACUUGGUGCAUACAUCUCCACUCAAAGGUUGGUGAAGGAAGAAAGGUUAAAGCUUCUCAGAGAGUCUCUCGAGCAAGAUGCCAAGGACAACGCUAUCAAGCAUGACCUGGACUCCGACGGCGAUCUUGAGUUGAAGGACGCUGGGAGUGAU